CAAUGGCACUCGACCUGGAUGAGGCGCAAUGCCGGAAUGCGCUCUACAAGUUGCCAUGUGAACAGCGCAUGGCAGCGGCAGAGCGACAUCCACAUUGGGCCCAGAUGACCUGGCAGGAGAAACUGCGUGCCGCCAAAGGUGCGGUCGCGGCCUCUCCCAGUGACCAUCAACCCCCGAUCGAGUCUGCGCAGUCGAUGCCGGAGUUGAGCGUCCGCCGGCGGGUUACAGCAGUCACGCCUCCAGACGCCUUGGCAGAGCAGAGGAGUUUGGAAGCACGUGUGGCCAGCCACCGCAGCCACGCGCUGCACAACGCCCCGCUGGCGGUGCUGGGUGCUGCGGGGGCUAUGCUUGCCACGGCGCAGCAUGCUGGGCCCAAUGCGGCACAGCAGGAGUGGUUGAAGCUGAUUUUCGAGACCAGUGAUGGGCUGAAAGUGGCCAUGGGACAUCACCGGGAGGAGUUACUUCGGGCCGUGAUACGGGCCAUGAGACUCCAGCCUGUCCAAGCCAAUGAAACUAUCAUCCAACAAGGGCAGCCCGCAGGGCAGCGGAUGUACAUUGUGGCCGAAGGGAUCUUCGACGUGCUGGUGCAGCGCUCCGAUGGCCGAUCGGUGGCCGUCUGUCAGCAGGGCCCUGGCAGCGUCUUUGAUUCCGCCUGGCUGACGAAUGGCGGCGCAACCCGGGUUGCGCCGCCCAGUGCCACAGUGAUAGCGAGGUCACGAGGCCAGCUGUGGAUUUUGGAGAAGCGCGUGUGGGAACAAGCCUUGCGAGCGCCGGUGGAAUCAAAGAGUAUCGGUCUGGUGGGUGGGGUGAUGCUCUUGAUCAACAACCUGGCAGGCCCUACCAUCGUGUCCAUGCCGGCGCUGGCACAGGAGGCAGGCUGGUUUUCCCUCUUCCUUGUGCAGGCUGUGGUGGCUGGUUUCUCCUCUCUCUGUGGCCUGAUGUUAAUCGAGGCCAUGCGAUGCAUUCCAGGAAAUCAUCACUUUGAGCAAACCAUUGAGUUUACCAAUUUGGCAUCGUUCUACUUGCCUCAUCAGCUCUAUGUGGGCACCAUGAUUUGUUAUCACAUCAACUCCAUCCUGAACCUCAUGUCGUUGAUCAUUCAGUCUGGUCAGGUCAUGGACUAUAUCAUGCUGAAUGUCUACGGCUGCGCUCCAGGGCUGCAGUUGGGCCUUCGAGCUGCCUAUGUGUGCGGGACACAGACGGAUUCGGUGACGCCCUUCGGCGACCGACUGGUGCUCUCCAGCUCGAUGUUGGCCGUGGCUCUAAUCUGUGCUCCAUUUGCGGUGAAGAACCUGGAUGACAACGUGAUCCUGCAGUACUUGGCGGUGAUUGGUCUGGUCGUCAUGGCAGCCAUUUGGAUUGCUUUGCUGCUUCUGGAACCGGCCUUUCCGCGCAACGCCUUGCCUUCAGUCACCACGUCUCAAUCGUCGUUGAUUGGCACAGUGCUCUUCAAUUUCGCUUUCACCAGUGCACUUCCAUCCUGGGUGAAUGAGAAGAAAUCGGAUGUGCCGGUUGGUGUCACCUUUUGGACGACCAUGUCCUUUGUAGUGGUACUUUAUUCCCUGGUGGGCAUCAUUGGGGGCAUGGCCUACUCACCCUUCUACGACACCAACGAGAAUCUGUUCAGCAAGCUGAAUGCCAGUGGCUCGAGGAUUGGUCAAAUCACUGUGGCAGCCUAUCCCAUGCUGCAGAACGUCACCUCCAUCCCAGUUCUGGCCAUUCUCAUCCGCUGCAAUCUGAUCCAAGGGGGUGUACCCUCCUCGGCAGCGACCUUCAUUGCGGUAGCACUGCCGUGGCUGAUGAGCAUCCCCUUCUACACGGGCAGUGGCUUCGACACCAUCGCGGAGCUUGGUGGCCUAGCCACCUCCUCAGUGAUCAAUUUCAUGAUUCCUCUGAUGAUGUAUGUCGUGGCAGUGGGCAGGAAGAAGGAACGAGAAGAGCUCUUGAGUCAAUCCUUGCCGGAUGAAAAAGAUGCUGCGUGGCCGAGAGUCGGAAUCUCAGCUGCGGCGAUGUCAUGGCAGCAAGUUGCCACCAGGAUCUACCGCGCCCAUUUUUCCUAUGAUCCUGUGGCGGAUCCGUUUGGAGGUGCUGCGGAAGUCUUUUUCGGGGCAACAUGGGACGUCAUGGACGUUGAAGUGCCGGUGCCGGCACCGCAGAAGUUGCUCUUCACCAUUUCUCAAGCCCGAAUGCUCGGUGGAUGCACAUCAUAUUACCAAAAGGUGCUUCCCUUGUCCUACAGCCUCAUUGCCGUGGCACCCCGAUCCCAAAGCGGCUCGCAGGAGUUGACACAUGAGUAUCAGUCCAUGUUUGAGGGCACUGGGGGCCAUUCCGUCUGCCUGCCAUGUUUGAGAACGGUGGUGGCAGGGAUUGACGGUAUGGCCCGCUGUGAACGCCCCAGCUCCAAGCAGCUGGAUGACAAAGACGGUGGCCCGCAGAACCGUCUUGUUCCGGCAAAGGCCUGGCCUACAGCCCUGCCCACUGCCUCUUCGAUGCAGGCUGAUCUGGUGGGAGAGCUUAAAGAGAUGGAGAGCUGGGGCUCCAUGAUGUUUUCCCUCAGCACGGAGCCGCCCUUUGACGGCGUCCUAGCGGUCUCGGAGAUGCCGGCCGUGCCCAGAUGGGGAACUCAUGGGGUUCCCAUCAUCGGAAGAUCCACCAGAAAUGGCGGGUUUGAUUGGGAAAAAUGGGAAAAACCCUGGAGUUGCUGA